AUGGAGGAUCUGAAAAAAAGCAUUUUAGAUAUGAUGGCAGUAAAAUUGGACGAUGGUCUUAGGCUACUGGAGAAUAGAGUUGCUAAUGUGGAAGUUAAGCAGAAUAACAACAAUCCUGAGAAUUUCCAGUAUCAGCAAUUGCUAGACGAUUUAAAACAAAAGAGUAAACUGCAAUUCGAAAAGAUUCAAAAGGAAGCCGAAGCAAUGAGUAUUAAAAAUGCUCAGCUUGAGCUCAAAAUUUCUGAUUUGCUUAAAAAUAUGGAAAAUCUUCGCAAAGAUGAAGGCGAUGAAGAAGAUCAGCUGCAAAUUCAAAAGGAACCUGAGGCAAACCAACGACAGCAAAUGCCAGACGAUCGACAAAAUCACGAAGAAGUUUCAAUGCACGAAGUUUAUAAGUACCGUAAAGAGAUGGACGAAAAGAAUAAUAUGUGUCAUCAGUUAGAGCGAGAAAUAAAAGAUCUUCGCAAAGAGCUAGAGGCGAAAGAUAUUAUAUGCCAAGAUUUGAAACUUGAGGUAUCCCAAGUACGACAACACCCAGAAUUUAUUUUAAUGCGACAGCAAUUACUUGACGAUCUUAAAGGUCAAGAGGAGCUUCAUUUACGAGAAGUAAAACAGCUUCGCAAACAGCUAGAGGCAAAGGAUAAUAUAUGCUAUCAAUUGGAGAUUGAGAUAUCACAAGUACGGGAAAAUCCUGAAUUUCUUAAAAUGCGACAGCAAUUACUUGAUGAACUUAAAGGCCAAGAAGAACUUCAUUUGCUCGAAGUGAAUGAGCUUCGCAAGGAGCUGGACGAAAAGGAUAAAAUAUGUCACCAACUAGAGAAUGAAAUGUUCGGACAGGAAAAUGCUGAGCUUAUUCAUAGAAAUCCGAAUUGUCCAACGUGUCGAGCUCAAGCCUCUGCAAAUGAUAUACGUAAGCUAUUUACUCGUUCUUAA